AUCUCCGAGUCGCUGACGGUCAUCCUCACCACAUCGCCUACACCCUCAGCGCCUUCCACUGAGCUUGUGGACACUAUCCUGGAUUCUUUCUGCGAAUACUGUCCAGUUCUGCUUGCGUGUAGAGUGGUGGUUAUUCUGGACACGUACGAGAAAGUAGGACCAGCGAACCGCCUCAAGAAAGGCCACGUGACUGCCGAGCGUGCUGCAACGUACCCAUUGUACAAGGAGAACGUCAAAAAAGUCGUUCUGCGACGGUUUGGCGCCAAGGUUGGGGAAUCACCUGAUAGCAUCAUGCCUAUGACGGCGGAGAAAGGACAGGCAGAGUUUGGUUCUUGGGGAACGCCUGAACACCCGAACACCACUGCCUUCACGGCCUGGAGAACCAAUGACAGGCGGGUCACGUUCAUCGAGCCUACAGAGCGCCUUGGCUUUGGGCUGGCAGUGAGGUCGGCACUGAGGCUCGUCGAGACGCCUUAUGUGUGGAUCCAGCAACACGAUUGGAGCCUGGCCGCCAGCAUCCCCGUGGAGUCGAUCGUGGAGGUCAUGCGGGCAUCAGAGGAAAGUGCAGAGAAAGAGAAGGAGAAGGAGGAGCUAGCAUUGGUCAGAUACGUCUGCCUGCCGUCUAUCAGGAUGCUCGACUACGCGACCUCGGACCACGUCCAACCUUACCCGGCUCUGCGGCGCCUUACCGCCGCCCUGAAGCGAGAUUUCCAACCGCCAUUGUUGUCCUCGUCUUCUUCUGGGUCCGAGGCAGCCGUCAUCCCCCUGACGCCUCUAUUCUUCUGGCACGACAAGACACACAUCGCCUCGACCGCACAUUACUUGAACCGCAUCUUCCCGUCGCGGCUGGCCAUGCCGCGCGGCGCGUUCAUCGAGGACCAUAUCGGGCAACGGGCGCGCAACCAGAUGAAAGAUGGGGUGUGGAAGAAGUGGGCGUGCUGGUUGUAUUAUCCUGGAGAGGGGAAACAGGUCUGUCUGAAGCACCUUCAUGGUCGGACGUGGCGGGGGACGGAAGGG